AUGGCUGGAGAAAUGAUGCGUGCAAUCGAUAUCGAAAAUGGAAGCGGACCAAUCUCCAGUCUCUUUUUGAACAAUGAAAUUCCCAAACCCGAGCCUUCCACUUCUCAAGCUUUAGUAAAGAUCCAUUCCUUUGGGCUUAAUCGAAUGGAUUUGAUGCAGCGGGAGGGAAAGUAUAAUGUACCUCCACAAGCGGGGAGAAUACUGGGUGUGGAGUUUUCCGGGGUAAUUGAGAAACUUGGGGAUGGAGACAUUGGGGAUUUUAAAGUUGGUGAUGAGGUUUUUGGACUUGCGUAUGGUGGGGCGUAUGCUGAGUACAUCGCAUCAUCGACAAAAAUGCUCAUUCACAAACCGGCUCAUAUAUCUUGGUCUGUAGCUGCUGGGAUCCCAGAGACAUGGAUAACAGCAACCCAAGCCUUACAUCUCGUUGGAUGCUUUAAACCAGGAGAUAAUGUUCUAUGGCAUGCCGGAGCAUCCGCAGUAUCCAUUGCCGGAAUCCAACUAUCCAAAGCUGCUGGGGCCAACAAGAUACUCGUCACUGCUGGUUCCGAUGAGAAGAUCGCUUUCUGCAAAAGUUUGGGCGCAACACAUGGCUUCAACUACAAUACCGAAAACUGGAUCCAGGGAGUUCUAGAUUCAACUGACGGACAUGGAGCAGAUGUAAUUGUUGACUUCAUUGGGAAGAAUUACGCCCAGGGAAACUUUGAAGCCGCAGCUAUGGACGGAAGGAUUGUCCAACUAGCCAGUCUUAGUGGAUACAAACUCGAUGGCCUAGAUAUCACUCUCCUCGAGAACAAGCGUUUGCGAUGGGAGGGAAGUAGACUGAGAAGCAGACCUCUAGAUUACCAGGGAAAAUUGAGAGAUGUGUUGGUCGAAACUGCCUUACAGAAAUUUGCAGAUGGUACUUUCAAGGUUCCUAUCGAGAGGAUUUUUUCCUGGAAAGAUAUUAGGGAGGCUCAUACAUUUAUGGAAACCAAUCUGUCAAAAGGUAAAAUAAUUUGUACGGUGGACUGA